CAGGCUUUUGAUCCUGUGGCUAUAUUUACUAAUUCGCGAAACACAUUCUUUCUGACCCUUAUUUCAACUUAAACAGCGAUGUCAUUCACGUGGGAAAACAUGGUGAGAUCAAAGCAGACGUGGAGUUUUACAGUGUGUGUGGGAGUGGUGUAUGCGUGCACCUGCGGACAGACGGAUCACUGCUUAACUCCGCUUUAUGCGCCAGGACGCACCGCGGAUCUCAGCCAAGACGCACGAACGCACACCUGAGCCAUGGACGCACAGGAGAAAUCCCCCGACGGGAAGGUGCAUCUGCUGGAUAUCAGCUCCAAACCGCCUCCUAAGGGACUUAAAGGAGAGGAGGACACCCCGGGACACCUGGAGAAGCCGCCGUUCUCCUACGUGGCUCUGAUCGCCAUGGCCAUCAAGGACAGCUACGAGAAAAGGCAAACUCUGAGCGGAAUAUACAACUACAUCAUCUCCAAGUUCCCCUACUAUGAGAAUAAUAAAAAAGGUUGGCAGAAUAGCAUCAGACACAACCUAUCCCUGAAUGAGUGCUUCAUCAAAGUGCCCAGAGACACCGGCCGGGACAGGAAGGGCCACUUCUGGAUGCUGGACCCCGCCUUUGAGGACAUGUUUGAGAAGGGGAACUACAGGCGGAGACGGCGGGUGCGCAGACCCUACAGUGCGCCUUACCUGUCCAGGACCACUGUGGAUUACCUGCAGCCGUACGUGGGCACCUCCUGGACUCUGACCCAGCCCUCCGUGUAUCCAACCCCGCAGAUCAUGAGCGCACAACCCCGCAGCGUGUCCCCCAGCGGCCCCAUGAGCUCCUGCUACCCACCGACCCACUUCCACCACCACCCGAGCUACGGGGCUUAUCAGCGACACCCGACGGUGCUAGUCCCCCACAACGGGUGUCCCUACGGAGGGGUCACCCAGCCCAUGAGCCCAGACCCGGGCAGCGUGUCCGUGGCGUGCAGCUACCAGCAGUACACGUCCUACGGCAGGCCCAUGGACGCGCAGAUGUUCCACUAAUAAGACACUGACAACCUGUUCACGGACUGGAAGUUCUGUUAUUUCAGCUCGGUUUGUCAGGUUAAAAAUACAAUUAUGAGUUUGACAGAAAUGGAGUUCACUGUUCUGUAAAUGUUUAAGGUUUCGGCUGCGCUCAGAAAUGGCACAAAGGACAGCUGUAUUAAGGCAAGAAUUAAAUACAUUUGUGUUUGUUUUAUAGUAAUGUGUGCAUUUCUACUUUUGAUUUUUUUUUUUUUUUUAUAUAUAAGGCCUACAGGUUAUUAUUAUUUAUUUACUUUAUUCUUUGUUGUCGCACUUGGUUAGUGUCCAUUUCUUGAUGCUAUGCAACAGUUAGUGACACUGAAGCACUGGUCGGUUUUCUCAUUCGAUUAUGAAUGUUUACUUGAUGUAAAUCUGUUAAAAUAAAAUGUUAUUUUUGCAUCACAUACAGUUCAUUUAUUUAUUUUCCUAUUAGGCUAUUAAACAAUUUCA